AUGUCGCCUUUGUUUAUUUAUUUAUUUAUUCUUUUCUUUUUUCUCUUCAAAAUAUUUUUUUUCUUUCUUUUCUUUCUUUUUUCUUUUUUUCUUUCUUUUCUUUCUUUCUUUUUCGUUUCCAAACACAAUGUUUCCUUUAUUUAUUUAUUAUUUUUUUCUCUUCAAAAUAAUUCUUUCUUUCUUUCUUUCUUUCUUUCUUUCUUUCUUUCUUUCUUUCUUUCUUUCUUUCUUUCGUUUCCAAACACAAUGUUUCCUUUAUUUAUUUAUUCUUUUCUUCUCUUCAAAAUAAUUCUUUCUUUCUUUCUUUCUUUCUUUCUUUCUUUCUUUCUUUCUUUCUUUCUUUCGUUUACAAACACAAUCUUUCCUUUAUUUAUUUAUUCUUUUUUCUCUAAAAAUAAUUCUUUUUUCUUUUCUUUUCUUUCUUUCUUUCUUUUUUCUUUUUUCUUUCUUUCUUUCGUUUCCAAACACUAUAUUUGCCUUUAUUUAUUUAUUUAUUUAUUCUUUCUUUUUCUCUUCAAAAUAAUUCUUUUCUUUCUUUCAAAACAAUUUAUUUUUUUUCUUUUUCUCUUCUUUCUUUCUUUUUCUUUCUUUUUUCUUUCUUUCUUUCUUUCUUUUUCCAAACGCUAUUUAUCCUUCAUCCAUUCCUUUACUCUUUCUUUCUUUUCUUUCUUUCUUUCUUUCUUUCUUUCUUUCUUUCUUUCUUUCUUUCUUUCGUUUCCAAACACAAUGUUUCCUUUAUUUAUUUAUUCUUUUUUCUCUUCAAAAUAA